CCCACAGCAAUUAAAUUACCUAAUGGCCACCCCUUCUCUGGCCUUUCAAGGUCGUUUAAACAAGACGGCGGGCGGCUUUCGGUAAACUUGUGUUUUUUGCCGUGCCACGUAACCGACGUGUCAACGAAGAUGCCGCGCUACCCGCCUGAUCGUUGGUUUGAUUAUACCUCAUUGGGCGUCCCGGUUAAAGGGACGCGUUUGCUUCCGAUAAAACUACCUAUACCAUUAGAAAAGUCCAGCAAUAUUCCUUCUCAUUUAAGAUUUACACUAGAUGACCUUAUUAAUUGUGUUCAGUCAUACAACCAGAAAUUGACGUGUGUCAUAGAUUUGACAUAUGCUAAAUAUUAUUCGCCAAAGUUCCUUCAUGAUAAUAAUAUAAGUUACCAUAAGAUAUAUGUGGAAGGGCAUGCAGUCCCAAACUCAAAAAAUGUUGAACAGCAAGUUUUUAUUAAGUUCAGAAUCGACUUUUAUAGGUUCAUCAAUAUGGUUAACAAGGAACGUAAACAAUCUCCAGAUGGCAUAAUUGCUGUACACUGCACACAUGGCGUAAACCGAACGGGUUACUUAAUAUGCAGGUAAUGUUCGCUACCAUACUACAUAUUAGUCUCAAGAUAUCUUAUCGAUUUUAUGAAUAUGAAUCCUAAAGAUGCUCUUAGAGGUAAGUGCUUAUGUCAUGGGAAGCACAGUUCACUGUUUUGUAGAGUUCGAAUGGGCACGUGGUCAUCCUGUUGAAAGAGAAAAUUAUGUUGAAGAUUUGUUGAAUUCUGUCAGUAAAUUAGAGGUCACAAACGUUGAAAACAGUAGAAGUGCGUGAAUAAAUGUACUUUAUUGUCAGUAUUUUAUUUAAUGCGCUAAAAGUAAUAUCCAUGCACACAAAACCUUUAUGAUACUCCUAAAGCUACUACUUGUUUUGUUGUGAGAUAAGGUAUUAAAUAGCUAUUUUCUGUAUUCAUUGCCUUUCAUAAAACACGAUGCAAAAGAACUUGGUAUUAUUGUAAGAGAAUAAAAUCAUUACUGUGGCUAGUAAAAAUACUUCCUAGAAAUGCAAAAUAAUAUUUUUGAUGAACACUAUUUAAUCAUUGACUGCCGAGGCUCCGAAUAGUGUAGAUAGUUGCUACAAUAGAUAAUAAUUACGAGUACACUAAAUCCGACCAAAAAUUGUCGUAUACUUUAUCUGGGCUCUAGUAUACCAAAGAAACAAACGGCAUAUGAACCAAUCUUUGGUCACCGGCUACCACGGGACUGCAUCUCCUAACGUUUCUGCACUGUCUUGUGGUUCACAACUUGAGGUCGAAGGCUCCAAGUGUAGUCCUUCAAGAAAACCACUUGCUUCCGUUCGGCACGCGAGCAGUAUCAUAGCCCACACACAAAUCAAGUGACUUGUGUGGCACUUAUGUAUUCGGCGCCCCUUUUUACCAAUAUUUGUGUUCAAAUAAAUACUUAUCUGGCAGACCUCAGUUCAAUCGUUUCAUACACGUUAAAAAUAUGUUCAUUUUACUUUCAUAAAGGCACAAGCUUAUUUAAAGAGUUCAUUCACUCCCACCAAAUGUAAAUGACGGUUAUACACAUUUACGACUACAUGUGCUCACUUUAUGUUACAGAUCAUAAAAGCCCAAACAUUGCAGUAAUGUCAAUAAAUAGUUAGUCGAAUCAGGGUUUCAAGCUUGAAAUAAUUUAAAAGCAAACUUUUAACAAUGAUUAAAAUGAAAACUCACUCUUGUAAAAUUUUGUCUACGGGUGUUAAUGAUGAGUUUUAUUACCACUUCAGUGACCACAAAUUAUUGAUCUUUCUUGUUCAAAUAUGUAUUAUUUCACCAAAGCAUUCAAGGAACAAUCUUUGCUGAUAGAUUUUUCAGAACUGUCCAAAAAUUCAAAUGAAACAGAUUCACAUUUCUAUUUGCUAGUUUGUGAGGCUUGUUCAUAAAUAGUUAGAAAUAUACUGUCUAAAACAAUCAGACAGUUGACAGACGCUUGGAAUCCAUUGUGGAUAAGCAAAUGACGUAUGAACCUGUUGGGGACAAUAGAUCACCCAAAACUCACAUUUUGUAAUUUUAUUUUAUCGAUUAAAUGUUUAAAUAUUUGAAGUGGACUUUGACAUAUAACAGAACCUAUUGUUGGUUACCGACUACCAUGGGUCUGCAUCUCCUAACGUUACUCCACUGCCUUGUGGAUUAGACCUUUAUAUCAAAGGCUCGAUGUGUGACCUUCUACGAUGUCUACACGGUGGCCUAGAGGCUAUGAGUUAUCUGUUCAACCUUUAGUUCGGUAGCUGAUAGGACCCAUAACAAGACGAAACAACUGUUCAUUGCUUUCUUGUUUUCACUGAAUAUCAGUCACAUCGCCUAACCAUUACGCUUGAUCCCGUAUAUGUUAAGAGACGUACUCUGAUAAAAAUCACUUUGACGUUCAACAGACAUCAGAUAAAUUUUACUAAGAAGAAUGUGUCAAUUUCUAUCGAAAAGAGUGAAUCGACCAAUAAUAUUUGACCUAAAUAUCCACUUAUUAAGAAUCAUUUAAUCCCAGAUUGAUUAUUACUCUGGUAAUCUUUAUUUAACUGCCAAUCCCGAAAUUAUACCAGUUGCAUAAACAUAGUUAACCCUUGUUACUGAAUCGUUUCGUUGUGUCUCUGCUACCGUAAAGUAUGUGUGCGCUUAUUACCCCUUUUGUAAUUGGCUAUCUUUCGUUUUUGUACUAAUUGUUGUGAUUUAUAUUUUAUAAACGGACUAUAAUUGUUUGCAAUAUACAUAGUUACCUGUUUUGACUAUAGCCCUGCUUAGACUGUGCGACGUAUUCAAGAAAUUCACCAGUAGGUAUUUACUUCUAACAGAAUGUUCGGCAGUGACUUUGGAACCAACCUUUACAAAAACACUUACUACUUGUUUCCACUACCUUUGUUAACUUAUGUUGCAUCCGCUUUUCGUCCUCUUAAUUUCGUUAGUAAAAUGGAUAAUAGGAUAAAGGAAGCAGCGUUCAAAGACUGACUCCAUUUUCUUGAUAUGGGUGUUGAACAGAUAAAAAAGACAUGGUACGAAGAUGUUUCAUAACUUAUCACAUCUCAGGAACGCUUAUAUGCUCGAAGGCACGCCGUUCACUGUAGAAGAGUGACGAAAAACUGAUUCAAUCACAUGUUGAAUUUAACAUUUGUCCGGCGAUGAAAAAGUUUCUUGACAUCCGCACAGCAUACAGUCGAUCAAAAUGAUUGACAUUCAACCGGCGUUUAUCAGUGGCUCUAUGUGAACAUCCUUUCCUGAAAGGCAUCAGGCGUAUUGUUUUGGAACAGAAUAAAAACCGCCUGAAUAUGUUUUGAGAGCUUUGUUAGGGAGAGACACAUUGAAGGCUCGUUUUACAGUGACACCUUUCAUGUGCAGCCACGUGUUUGUUCCCAAAAUUUUGGGCUCAGUCAGGUCUUUACGUUAAAUAAUAAUCAGUUUCAGGUUUCGUAGGGUUCUGAGAAAUCGCUAGUAAACAUACUUAUUGAGUCCGCGUGGUAUCGAUUCUUUGUUACCGUGCGGGAGUUCUAUCCGUUAUGGAUUGAUGGGUGAAGGGUCCUAGUCCUUAUAACUUUAAGUGUACUUAGACAGCGAAAUGCGCAAAUAUCCAAAACAAAUUUGAGACUAGAGAAAACUCAAGCAUAUACAAAAAUGUAUGUAAUGUUACGACAGUCUUACAGCAGACUCAUAAUAUACCGGUUAGUUUACCGAAUCACAGAUGUUCAUCAACCUAAAGGCUUAGGACACGCGGAAUAGGAAAAAUUUCCCCCAACAUUCUUUAUAUGUAAUGAUCUGUAAAUCAAUAAAAUCAGAAGUCUAUAAGGACGAAGUGUGAACGUAUAUUUGAAUGACACGUCGAUGUGUUGCAUUGUGUGGCAUCUAAGGUAAUGAGUUAUCGUUUAACUUCUUUCUAGACCUACUGAUGGAAAUAACGUUUUCGUCGACUGAAUUUUCAAGCACUGAUCUCCUUCCAGGAGGCCCAUUUACCAGCUUAGAAUACGCAGAUGACAUAGUCCUGUAUACACUCUCUGUCUUCCCUUAAACUAAGAGAUUAAAAUCGCUUCAUAUCUUUCUUUCGACGUACUAAAUCUUUCUUCCUGUUCUAUAUCUUUAUAUGCAGUCUUUCUUUUAUAUAUUACCACCAUUGACUUAACCACUCCUAUGCAUCCGGUUUCCAUCUUGUUGUACUAAUGCGGUAUGGCAGCUUAGACCGAUGCAUAUAAGUGCCUGGUCCUACGUUGUAGGUGACUGAGUGAAUGUGCUGCAUGGAGCUGCUUAACAUCAUCUGGUAAGAAUCCUUGACCGAGUGCAUUCGAGCAGUGGUAUUUCUGGUCAAAUUCACACUUACAGAUAUUUACUACCACUAGUGGCUGAAGCCGAUUUUGAAUGCACUGCUAUAGAACCUGUUUCCUGCUCAACACUUCCAGUUCCAUGUACAUUCUGUUAGCUGCUAUUUUAUUUACUUAUUGAACUUGAUACUGAUAACAAAGUCUAAUUAUUUGUUUUACGAUUAAUUUGUUUUUCAGAAUUGCAUUGAGUUCUGAAGGUCCCCAUACCUUUUCAGAUAUGCAACUUAUGGCUUCUGUCAACUAAUUGAAAGGCUCAAAACUUUCUAAUAAUCAAGUUUAUGCAGAUGAGCGAAUUUCUGAAUAUGGAAGAUUAUGCGAGGAAACAAUCUACAAGUUCACGAAAACUGUGUUUUAUAUUGACUACGUUCAUGUUUAUUGAUUUAAUGGAUUAUUUAAAUAUAAAUAUAACAACUGCA